CCUUGGAAAAUGAAGUAGACUUGGAAGGUGCUGAGAGCCCGUUGGAGAGAUCCAAGUCUCAGUCGGGACUGCGUGUUGGUGUAGCGAACGAGAGGAACCUGCCUGACAGCUCGAUGUCUCUGCCUGGCAGGCAUAGCAUCGAGAAGGCUCGCGGAUAUCUCUCCUGAUUGCUUUCUCUAGCCGACGACGGACAACCCCCCUUUUUCCCACGGCCCGCCACAGGUAUCAACAAGUCGACGCGCUGUCCGGGCGUCGCCGCGUCUGCUCAAUCGAAUCGAACCGAUCGCUUAGCUCCCAACCGUCUGUACAUGUCAAGAUGCUGUCCAGUCCGACCACACCGUCACCAAACACCCGGCAGGGUGUCGCGGCAAUGGUGCCGCGCAUGACCAAGCGCAGGGUCUUCAUCAGUGUCCAGCUGGUCCUGGUCUUCGCACUGGCUGUCUAUCUGACAUUUGGUUCCCAUGGCCUGGCAGCUGUGACAAAGCUCCCAGCCGGCCUUAAUCCCUGGAAGUCUGGGUCCAAUGCCCAGGACCCUGAGCCGACGUCGCCGCCCAGUACCGCCACCGCCGCCCCCGCCGAGCCCGAGAUCAUACUCACGCCCGAGGAGAAGAAAGCGCAGGAAGAGAAGCAGGCCCAGGACGACAGGCAUAGGGGAAAGACGGCCGAGGAAAUAGAGAAGGAAUUCGACGAAAAUGAGGCACGGAAGAAGCUUUCGGCCAGCCAGAAGAAGCUUGCUACGGAGCGCGUCGAGGCAUACAUCCCCGCCAUCAUGAACGCCGAUGACACCUCGGUCGAGCGCAUGUGGUGCCCCAAGUUCAACGAGACCCGAUACCAGCACCUGAAGGCGUCCAAAUGGAACCCCGGCAAGAAGUACUUCUUCGCCCUGAACCUGAGACAGUGCCAUUACGUCCUGCCGCGCUUGCUGGGCUCUAUAGUUGAGGUGAUGCGCUUCGUCGGGCCUGAGAACUGCGUGCUGUCCAUCGUCGAGGGCCGCUCCGACGAUGGCACCGCCGAGAUCCUGAUGGCCCUCCGCCCCGAGCUCGAGGCCCUCGGUGCCACCUACUACUACCUCAAUAGCGACAUCAACCCAAGCGAAGCCGACCGUAUCGAGCGCCUGGCCCAGCUGCGGAACAUGGCCCUCCAACCCAUGAUCAAUAGCCGCCGCAAGAACCGCCCCAAGCCCGCCGACGACGCCCCCGCCACCAAGGAGACCGCCCCUGCUGCCCCCGCCAGGUUUAUGCCCCGGUCGGAGCCUCCUGAGCAAUGGGGCGCGAACAUCGAGUUCGCCAACGACGCGGUUGUGGCCUUUAUCAACGACGUGGCAAUAUGCGCCGAGGAUAUCCUGGAGCUUCUACACCAGCGCGUGAUUCAGGAGGCCGACAUGACGUGCGCCAUGGACUGGUCGCACAUCCAGGACGUACCGACGUUCUACGACGAGUGGGUCGCGCGCCAGAUCAACGGCGACUCCUUCUUCGACAUACCCGACGACAAGUCAGGCUCCUUCGCGCGAGCGCGGUACCUGUUCCCGGACGACUUGGUCAGCAGGGAACGUUUCGAGGCCGGGCGGGCCGUGCACGUGUUUGCGUGCUGGAACGGCGCAGUCACGUUCCGGGCCGAGCCCGUCAUGUCGGAGAAGGUCAAGUUCCGCGACGGCCGCGAGGGCGAGUGCCGCGUGGGCGAGCCCACGUACUUUUGCAAGGACCUGUGGUGGCACGGCUACGGCAAGAUUGCCAUCGUGCCCACGGUGAAUCUCGAGUAUAACGAUACCUACGGCGCCGCCAUCAAGAAGAGAAAGGGGUACGUCAGCGAUUGGGUCAAGAGGGAGCAUCGCGAAAAGCUGCCCCUCCAGAUCACGUGGCAACGCCCGCCCGAGAAGGUGCUCUGCAUGCCGGGAUGGACGGAGCAGUACUGGGUGCCGUGGAACGAGACGCUCGCUUGACAGUGUUGAAGCAAGACAGCAUCGGAUUUGUUUGCAUGUGGGCGGGGCGUUUUGUCUUUUUCUUCUUCCCAUUUGAUGAUCCUUUCCUUUGCAAGCCGUCAUUAUAAUCAUGAUACCAGAUCCUCCUUCGCCUGUACAUGUUUCUGUUUUCUUCACGCGGCGUCUUCCCUGCGUGGCGAUGGAGCCAAGACGUGACAUUAUAGAUAUCCAUGCUUACCCCUGGCUGUUGCUGCCUUUAUUUUUUUUCGGGCGGUGGCUGCUUAGAGGUGGGUUUGUUACUGUCAUUCCUUGGUUCCGGUUCCGUGUAUUUGAUGUGUGCAUAUCUAUCCUGUAUUCGCAAGAGUGUCAAUGGGGAGUUUGACCUCUUGCAGAAGUCGCGACGAUAAAGGCCGCGGGUUCACUUCAACAGAAACACGUCCCGUUGUGCUGUCUUUUGUUCUCGUCUUGCUGCCGUGCCUUUCUCGCACUACUGCCCUCUCAUGACGGCACAUGCCCAAUUCACCGAGUUGGCAGCCGAGAAGACUGCAUAUGAGAUAUGUUAUGGGUAGAUGAUGGGUGACAUCACUCGUUGGAGGCCGGAUUGACGCGAUAAUCACGUGGGCUUCGGGGAUUGGAGUUUCACAAACAGCCCCUCUUCCAUUCACUCCGGGCCGAUGACGAAAACAAAGAAAGCUCGUGUCUUGAUGGAAGCCAACAGUCGGGUGUUCUCCUUGCUUGUGCCCGAGGGAAUCUUUCAUCUCGGGCGGCUACCGGCAUGUCUAUUUGUGCUCGU